AUGAAGUACAAGCAACAUGUCCAGAUCACCAUCUGCCAACGCUACUUUACACCAGUGCCACUUCAAUUGCGCCACCUCAACCCUACCCAUUUUGGGUAUAUGGAGACGCUCAACCACGGCACUGUCAGAAAUCGUAGCGGCCAUGAGGCAGAGAGAAGAUUCAAUAGCAGAGCUGGGGAGGUGAAUGUCUUGCCACGUUUUCAAAAGGAGCAAGAGAACAUCUAUGAAGUUUGGACCUGGCUUGAAACACAGGCUUGA